UCACAUUUUAGAUAGAAUCAAACAAAAAGUGUUACAUAUGCUUUUGCUGGUAAAUAUCAAUGACGGUGAAAGAACACAACUCAAAUCCCAAUCCAAAUCCAAACUCACUCUGAUUUCAAUUCCAAUUUAAUUCUCGUUGAAUCCCAAUCUCUGCUCCUUCACUCUCUCUCAUUUAUGCAUUGGGAGUGAAGAUGAUGAGGCUGUGAUUCAUAAUUGGACAGAAAGUUUCCACCAUAAUGCGGUGGUUUCAACUGAGUACUAGCUCGGAAAGGGAGCGGAACAGUGGGAAUAAAUCUCGUGCUAUGGUGUAUCUCAAUGUAUAUGAUCUUACUCCUAUCAAUAAUUAUCUUUACCUCUUUGGCCUUGGAAUCUUUCACUCCGGUAUUGAAGUGCAUGGUAUGGAAUAUGGCUUUGGAGCACACGAAUACCCUUCAAGUGGUGUGUUUGAGGUGGAACCUAAAAAUUGCCCUGGCUUCAUCUUCAGACGAUCAGUAUUGUUGGGAAGCACUGAUAUGUCUCUUGCAGAAUUCCGUUCUUUUAUGGAGCGUCUCUCUGCAAAAUAUCAUGGAGACACUUACCAUCUGAUUGCCAAAAAUUGCAACCAUUUUACAGAUGAAGUUUGUCAACAACUAACUGGAAAUCCUAUUCCUGGAUGGGUUAAUCGACUCGCUCGUGUAGGUUCUUUUUGCAAUUGUCUACUACCAGAAAACAUCCAGGUUUCUGCAGUUGGACAUGUACCUGAACGUCUUACAUUUGCAGAUGAUGAUAAAUCAGAUUCUGAUGACCUUUCUCUGUCCAUCGAGAGUGAAGAAGAGGAGGAGCCAAGUCACCGCCUGCUAAAUACACCGAAUGGCGGUGAUGUUGCAUUUUUAAAGGAAAAACCAGUUCGACUGGCACGAGAUCACCUAUGAUUUUUAUUGGUUAUCUUCUGUUUCGUGUUCUUUCACUGUUCUCUUUGCUUCUACCAUAUCUAUGAUCUUAAAUUUGAGUGUAACAAGUUUCACAACUAGAUUAUUUAUUUAAGACUCACAAUGCAUGCUCUGUAGCUCAUAGAACAAAAGAGGAUAAUCUGUUGUAUAAUAUGUAUAUGUAUAUGCCCUCCGGUACGUGUAAAAGUACAAACAAAAUUGUUCAGGUAUACUGUUAUAAAUCUUAUUAACUAUUGUUACCAA